AUGUCGCGUUAUUUGACGCCGUCCAAAAUUGGACUUCUUGCAUUGAUAUCGCUGUACUCGGACUCUGUCGUGCCGUCAGCGGCAACCAUUCCUAUUUUGUCCUUCCUUGUCUCUCAUGUCCUUCCAAUUAGCUCGGUAGCUUCUCAGGAUAAGUCAUCCCUGCAAUCGCGCCAUGUUACGCUCGCUGUUGAAGACUUCCAGAAAGCCACUAUCAGCCAUGUCUCUGGCAUUCCUGGGAGGACUAUCUGGGAUCUACUGCUGAACAAACUGUGGAAGCUCAAUUCGUUCGACGCCUUACAUGACUUCUUUGACACCCUUUCGUUACUGCUUCAGAAGCCGCCAGAGCAACAGCAGCAGGAUGCCGAGGAUGUGAUUGAGUCCAAUCCUAAUCAUAUACGGCUAUCUCGAGCCUCGCCGAUGGGAUCAUUUGUCAGAAGAGCCCAACUUGAAUUCACGAGACUGCAGUUUCACGACGGCGUAACGUUGUGGAGAAAUUUCGUUGCAUACCGCGCACCAACGCUUCCACAAUGGAAGAAAAGAAACCAGUCUGCGAAUCACAACAGCUUCGAUGCAAACCUACAAGACGAACAUUUAGAUUUGGGAGAUCGAUUGACUGAUGUUGUCUACGGUGAACUCGCCCAUGGAGUUCAGCAUGACGCAAGUGUUAGCGCCGAGGACUUGGAAACGCUUCUAGAGUAUCAGAUUGACCAGAUGCAAAGAAUGGGCAAUCGGCUUCCCCAAGCAAUGAAGGCCAAGUUCCGGGCGAUGCUUGACACCGGCGUGACUGUGCCUAACCUGUCUCAUUAUGUAACUUUCCUUGACGCGUGGAGAUCAGGAGAUUACCCAUCAUCCUUCGAUAAUCUGCACCGGUACUUUGAUUAUACCAUGCAAAAUCGGGAUCGCACCUUCUACCAGUAUGCUCUGCUUAAUCUUGCCAUCCUUCAUGCAGACUUUGGGUGUCACUCUGAAGCUUUAACCGCAAUGCAAGAGACUAUAUCUACUGCGAGGGAAAAUAAUGAUAUGGGAUGUCUUAACUAUAGUCUGAGCUGGCUGUAUCAUUUCGGUAAAGCACAUCCGGAAGAAAUGGACGAUGUUCAGAAGAGAGGGGUGCUCGGGACAGAGAAAGAGACUUUAGCGUUCCUCAAGGCGAAAGCUAAGGAGGCAAGCAUGUGGGGUCUCUUGAGCACUUCGUUGCUCAGCGAGGCCAAGUUGGGCCUUAGUAAUGGUGACAGCGUAGCACAAGCUUUUGAGAGCAUCGUCAGAUCCUCACAUCUCAACGUGACAAAAGAUGUCGCAAAUGCAAUCGGCAGCCAGAUGUCGAUGCAAUCAUCCAUCUUUGGGAGACUUGGCGUGAGCUGCCAAGCCUGGCUAUCUGGAGAGCUUUUUCUUCAAUGCUACACCGAUCAGUCUCCCGUCGAAGACGUUGUGCAUUGUGUUUGCAGAAGCGCGCUAUUGCUUGCUCAAAGGGGACGAUACGAAGAUGCUCUUGCGCGCAUGGAAGAGGUCGACGAAGAGACUCUGCGGACCCUUAGACAUUCUCAGUACUGGACAUCGAAUUUGGGUCUAAUUAAAUUGCGGAGACAUUUGCAUCGAGACAACUUGGUUGCAGCCGAAGCGGUCCUUGCCCAACUACAAGCUCCUCCCAGUCUAGGUCAAGAUCUGCAUUUCAGUAUCCUGACUCUGGAGAUUGACCUCAAUGUGCGGCGUGGCGACUAUUCAAAAGCUAUGGAGAUCUUGGAAAAUCUAGCCUCCAAAUUGACCGAUGGAGAAGCAGACAUCUUUCAGCGCAUCAAAGUAAUGACACUGAAAGCGCGGAUCUAUGACAAGGCAGGGAUACCCCAAAAGGGCUUUUCCGUUGCUCUACGUGCCGCAAGCCUUGCACAUGGAGCUAGGUUAUUUCCGGCACUCUGGGAAGCCGUCGGCGCAGUUUGCGGUGUCCUGAUCAGCCUGAAGGAGUUCAGCGCAGCUGCAAAACUAUUGGAGAGCAUCAUGCCGCACACUCUCGAGUGCGAAGACUGCAAUUUGUCCGCACAGACGUUCUCCCUUCUUGCAGACGCUCAUAUGGGGAUGGCUGGGCAGGCAAAAGCCGAGACACUGCCGCGCAAGGAACAGCUGACAAGGGCUCUAGACAACAUAGGGCGAUCUUUUGACGAAUUUUCGAGGCUCGAGGACGUUAAAGGACAGUGUGAGAUGAUGGCAAAGAAGGCAACCAUCAUGCAUCUGAAUGGGGACCCAGUCCUGGCAAAUGAUUGCGCGGCAAAAUACCUUGAUAUUAAGCGAGCUGCAAAGGAUCAGAUAUAA